UUGCAAGUCUUGACUAUCUUGACUUCUGAAUAUUAAGCUAAGACUAAUGUAGAUCUAGACACUGUUGUCUACAAACAUCGUUGUAAAAAAGACACUUUCCAAACGCAAUUAGCACAGCAGAAUCUUGUUCCUUGACAUUGGAUUGGGCAGUCAGGGCUAUGGCUAUGCAGCAGGAACCCCGUGCCGUAGAACCACCAGCCCUGUUGUUCCUCCAACUUCUUGCUUGUCCCAAAGAGAGAAGUCUGUUAGAAAAGCUCGAGUCUGUUGAAGAAAGUGACAAGAUGUGGUUGAUGAUUGCUGCUAUCGUGACGGGAAUUGUCGGUUAUUUGUUCAUAAAUCGCUUCCUUCGAUCUCUCGAUGUCGGAGAUUAUGGCAACAAAUAUGUGUUUAUCACAGGCUGCGACACAGGCUUUGGGCAACGGUUGUCAGUACGGUUGAACAAGAUGGGUUUUCAUGUGAUCUCUGGGUGCCUUACUCAGAAGGGGGCGGAUACUUUGACACAGCUGUGCCCUGACAGGCUCUCAGCGCUGCUGCUUAAUGUUGCUGAUUCGGACAGCAUUCAAAAAGCUUUCAAACGUGUGCAAGAUUUAUUGCCAUCUGGAAAAGGCCUAUGGGCUGUCGUAAACAACGCAGGCAUCAGCGGAAAUCCUAGCUGUAUUGAAAUGUGCACGAAACAAGAUUUUGUGGAAGCCAUCGAUAUCAAUCUGUACGGCCCUUUUGAGGUCUCAAGGACGUUCCUGCCUCUGCUCAGGAAGACCAGGGGCCGAGUCGUGUGCAUCACGAGCAUUAUGGGAAGAUACCCGGGUGUAGCGGCCCCGUACUGCGCCUCCAAAUUUGGGCUGGAAGCUUUCUGUGACGUGUUGAGGCGUGAGGUCUAUCGUCAAGGAAUUAAAGUGUCCAUUCUGGAGCCAGGGUACUUCAAAACAAAUAUUCUCAACUUUGAGUUCCUCACGGGCAAAUGUAAAUCUUCCUUUGACCAGGCUAGUGAUGAAGUGAAGACAGCCUAUGGUCCAGAUCAUGUGAAAAAUUACGUGACUUUGGUAAGCGAGACGAUGAAAGGGGCCUCCGCAGACAUAGAUCAAGUUGUCGAUGCCUAUGUGCACGCAAUAACUUCCAAAUUUCCUCGCACUAGAUACGUUGUUGGAAACGACGCCAGAUUUAUUUAUAUCCCUCUGUCACUUGUCCCGGAUUGGUGUGGCGACUGGAUUGUUCGCUCCAUGAUGAGUUUUAUGUUGUCCAAGAAAGGUUGAGAAUUUUUACGUAAUUUUCUAUACUGAAUAUUGGGCAUGACCAAAGAUAUGGAUUCCAAAGUUGAAAAGUAUAGUUUCCUGUCCAAUGCUACGAUCCAAACUCAGUUCUUAUUAAAAGAUCUAAAGCAACUGUUAGACAUACAUGCAUUUAGUGGGUCAAUUCGUUAAAAAAAACUGUGACCCUUUAUUUUCUCAAGUGCAGUAUGCAUAUACGUUUUAGAUUAUUGUUAAACAGGUUUUGCGAACUUCAUACCUCGUUUACAUAUGAGCUCAAGUGAUAAACAGGUAGGCCUAUUUUCAAAUAUUAUUUUUUUCAAUUUUCAGAGACACAAAACACUUCUCGUCCUCCCUUUUCUUGUCGUUUUACCUGACAAAGAAUAGGCCUGACUUAUUGUUCUUGACUGUCUAUACUGCAUUUUUUAUUGCUUUUAUGGUGGUUGGAAAACAAAACAAAAAAAUGAUUUGAGAAGUUUUUCUUUUCCAAUACCAAUGAACAGUAAUUCCCAGAAUCACUACAUUUUCAAGAAGUCUUGCCAGUCACUUUUUGAGUGUCUUAAGUUAAAUUUUGUUUUUAUUAUAUGUUUUGUAUUAACUAUAUAUAUAUAUCUUUACUUACAGACUUAAAAAUCAUCUUUUUUUAAAACCUAAAUCAUCUUUUUUAAAACUUAAAUCAUCUUUUAUCAAACUUGUCGACUAUGGCUAUAAGCAAUCUAAAAUACAAAGUGUCUGAUGUAGCGGCAAAGAAAUUAAAACGAUUGACAAUACAGGUUUCAUGAUGGUUGUUGGUGGGUGCUCUGGUAUGGUUUGCUCCAUCUUUUCUACAAAACAUAUAUGUGUCAUGGCGCAGAGGAAUCCGGCGCUCGGUAAUUUUUGGACAUGUGGAGCUAUUGGUAUGAUUUUAAAGCUUGUUCUUUUGUCCUCCUUUAGCUGAAAAAAUAUACUCAUCUAUCGGGAA